AUGCGCAAAGGCAGCCCGCCUGUCGAUGUCACACCGCCCGGCCUCCUGCCGGCGUCUCCGUCUCACAGCUCAGACGGCCAACCGUCCGCUCAGUCGGUAGACCUCGACAUGGACGUUGGGGGGGCAGCAGCGGAGCAGCCGGUGGGGCGGUCAAGCGCUGUGUGGCUGCCUCUGCCGUCGCCGCGCGUGCAGGAGGAGUCCGCCGGCUUGGUAGCGCAUGAAACGAGGCGGCAAUCAUCGGGGUUGGUUGCGCGGAAGCAGCAGAAGAGCGAGAGCAGAAAUGUUCCCUGGUUGUUUCACCAGCUGCUUCAGGCGGACGCGGCGAGCGAGGAGCGCGUGGAGGCAGCGGAGCAAAGAAAGCAGAUCCCACGGCGAAAGUCGCUUGAGACGAGACGGGUGAGCAGAGAGGCACGUGCUCGACAGCAGGACAAGGAAGUCAGGGCGGCGGCGCGCGAUCACUCGCUAGAAAGAAUAGCGCGCCACCGAUCAGCGAACGUGGAUCGGAACCGUUCGAUCCAACUAGGUAGCACGCGAGAAGCACGGACGCGUUGGCCGCAGCGACGAAGCGCAGCUGAGCGUCGCGCGGACGACAAGGCAGCGGCGAGUUCGGACAGCUCGUCCGACAGCGAAUGCGAAAGUAGAGUCGAGGGCGCGCGCAGGGGGCAGGAGGGACGCGAGAGGAAAGGAAGAGAGACGACGAACGAUAACCCAGUGGGGGCUAUGAGGGAAGGAGGCAAAGCAACAGAUUUCCUGCACGACGGGUUGGGGGCCGCCGUGGGAGAGGAGUGGGGCACGCGAGACGAGGGGCUUGAGGUAGAGGGGCCGGAGGACGCGGGGCGUGAUAUUGGCAUCCUGGUGAUGGGACACCCCGUGCUGCCGCACGACGUGCCUGCACGCAGCGACGCUGAGCAUUGGGAGAGCCAGGCGGCGGGAGAGAGGGCGGGAGUGCGCGAGGGGGAGGGGGAGAUUAAAGACCAAGUUGAGAACGAGGGCGCGGCGGUGCGGUUGGCGGGGUUACUAACGGACGACAUGUUGCAGUGCAGCUUCAUGGACCCGGGCAAGCGCGCGCUGGGCCUCGCGCACGACCACGACGACGUCGAUGGCGAAGCUUCUCACGACCGCCGUGCACGUGCCAGCGCCAAUGAUCAUUUGCACGCAUCGACUCAUGGGAGCAGCGAUGCCACCCUCUCGCACCACCGCCUCUUUCCUCCCCUCUCCCACGCCUCGCCUGCGUCUGCGCCCACUCUCCACAACUCCUUGACGGGCGCAAUCGAUGUCCCGCGAGGCGGUCUCGUGUUUGGCGUGCCCGUAUCCGCUCCGCUUCUUGCCUCCUCCGCUUCCCUACCGCCCUUUGCCCCCACCGCCAAUUCUUCCGCCACGUUCGGAACGCCCGCGGUGACACGGCUGCCGCUGUCGGUACUGCAGCACGGGUCGCUCGUGUGUCUGCUGGCCGGCUCCUCGCGACUGGCGGCCAUGCGCUAUCAAGGAAGGUGGGAGCUGGGCACGCCGACGCCGUCAAGCGCUGACGACGGCUCCAACCCCCUCGCGGCCUCACCCGCCGACCCGCUCCGCCGCUCCGCCCACGCCGCGUCGCUGGCUGUGUGCGCGUCGCUGACGGGAGGGCUGGGCCGCUGGCCGCUGGACUGCCUCUUCGUGCUGCUCGUCGUCGCGCCCGCCCGCAUCGCGCUGCGCUCCCUCGCCGCCGACGGGCGCUGCCUCUCCGCCGCGCUGCUGCCCGGAGAGCGCGACUCGUUCCGCACUUGGUCCGUGGGCGACGCGGAGACCUGGGAGGUUCUGCCCGCCAACUCCGUAGGGGAGGGGGUCGCGGAAGCAGGGGAGGCGGGCGACGGGAGUGCGGAGAGCGCGGGCGGGUGGAGCUGGGGGAGGGAGGGCGUGGUGGAGGGCGGAGUGCUGCUGCGCAGCUGCGCCAGCCCCGCGCGCGUGCUGGACGUGGCGCUCUUUGGGCUGCUCGCCAAGACGCUCUCCGCGUGGCGCCACAUGGAGGCCGCCGCCGCCGCUGCGCCGCUGCUGCACUACCAGGUGAAGCAGCUGCACCAGCGAGUGGGCGAGGAGGAGGCGGCGAGGCGAGAGGCGGAGGGGGCGAUGGAGGAGCGGCAGCAGCGGUGGGAGGAGGAGAGCGCGCGCAUGCGCGCGGAGGCGGAUGAGCAGCGCGACACCAUCGAGCAGCUCCACGACCAAGUGAACUCGCUCGGCGCGGAUCUUGAGCGCGCCGUGGCGCUGCUUGAGGCCGCCAGGCCCGCGCUGAAGGGGGCGCGCGGAGGGCCGCAGCGGGAAGCGGAGUGGGCGGAAGUGGAUAGCAUGGGGAAGGCGACUGGCGCGGAGGGCACGGGAGGCAGUGCGGGGAGUGAGGCGAGGGGAGGCGAUGGCAGGGUACCGGCGGGUGCGGACGACGAGGGGGAAGAUGCGGGCGAGGCAAGGUGGGCGGUCGCGAGCGGCGGAAGCAGCAGUUUUACUUCCGCCACUCCCCAUGGCCCCCCCAGCCGUGCGCCUCCCACUCGCGCCCCUCCCGCCCCCGGCGCCAGUCACGGAGCGCCGCGGGAGGGGCAGCGCGACAGCCGCGGCGGCGGCAGCAGUGGCGCUCGCUCCCCCGUCACCAACGGCAGUUCGGCCGUGGCUCGCGCGCUCUCCGCCUCCUCCGCCUCCCCCUCUGACUCUGAGUCCGACUGCAGCAGCGGCGCUUCCCCCGGCCGCCGCAGACCCUCGUACGCCAUUGCGGAGCAACCGCAGCUCCGCGCGCACUAUCGGCCAGCCAGCGACGGCGGCAACAAGUUUUGGCAGGCGGCACGAUCGGCGGGCGGUAGGGGAGGCGCGGAGACGCGGAACGAGAGCGAUGCGGCUUCGGUACGGGCCGAGGGGAAGGGUGGCUCGCACGGCGCGCAGGGCGCUUCAGCCGUGGAGUCGGGCGUGUUGCUUCGCCGAACCUUCUCUCCCAUGCGCGGCCGCCGCAGCCUCUCGUCGUCGAGAGCGGACGCGGGCGCAAGCCGAGGGGUGGGGGACGCGGGGGGCGCGAGAAGCGCACUGCAGCAUGUGAUGGGGAGGGCUGCGGGGGCUCUGGGGGCAAGGGGGGCGCGCGUGGGAGAGAGCGCGGAAGAAGGGCGGCGGGGCGGAGAGGAGGCGGUGGCCGUUGGGCUGAGAGGAGAGGGGGAGGCUCGCGCGCAGCACGGGGAGGGCGGGGACGGGAUGGGCGGAGACGUGGAGGGAGCGAUGCAGGCUACGGCGCAGCGCGGGGCGCAUCAGGGGGGGGCGGGCCCGUGGGUGGCGGAGCAUCAGCGCGUGGUAGUGCUGGAAGAGGUGGCGCGUGGGGAAGAGGGGGCGCGCGGUGAGGCAGAGGAGGCGAGAGGCGCGAGCGCCGCGAGUGGGGGGAGCGAACCGAGUGGUACGAGUGGCAUGAGUGGAAUGAGUGGAAUGAGUGGGGUGGACGAGGAGUGGGAGGAGCAGUGCACGGAGCAGGGAUGGGUGCUGCGCCCUGUGUCACGUGCAGGGGCGGGGUCAGGGGCAGGGUUGAAUUCACAGGCUCGCUCGUAUGGCGUGUGCUGCACUGCCGACGAUGACGUGGCGGAUGACGUGGAGGAUGAGGUGGACUCGGAGCAGGUGCGGCAGUCACAGCAGCAGGCACGGAUGGGUGGGAGCGCGGGAGAGGGCAAGCGGGAGAGCAGUGGGGGGAGCAGAAGCAACACUGGGAGUGGGUCGGCCAGGGGCGGUGCAGCAGCAGUGGUAAGGCCAGAAGCCAUGGCAGGCGCAAGCAGCAGGAUGGUAUGCAGCGGGGCAGCAGCUCGUGCUGCCCUCGAGGGGCGUCAAGAGGGGCCUGGCGCUGCUGCUGCUGGCGCUGCUCCCGCUGGUGCUCUUUCUGGUGGUGCGAGCAUUGGAUGGACACGGGGUUCCACAGGAGGGGCAGGGGCACAGGCGCAGGCAGCGGAGGGCGGGCGGGCAGGGGCGGGGGCGGGAGAGGAGCCCCCCUCGGCGCUGAAGCAGCGUGUGGCAGCCCUGCGCUCGCGCGUCUCCGCCCUGCGCUCCACCUCCUCCACUCUCCUCGCCCCCACUCCUGCCACCGCUGCUGCCACUGCCACUGCCGCUGCCACUGCCGCUGGCGCUGGCGCUGAUGGUGGGAGAGGGGCGGGUGGGGGCGAUGCUGGGGUGGCACAGGGAGCGGAGCAGGGAGGGGGUGGUGCACGCGUGGGGGAAGGCCAGGCAGAGGCUAGACGGGGGGGGCUUGCAGGCAUACGAGAGAGUGGCAGUGAGCAGAGUGGCAGCGGGAGGAGUGGCAACGACGGCAGCAACAUGUCGGGCAGCGGCGGUGGUAAUUACGGUGCCGCCAUUCCCGCUCGCUUGACAGACGCCGCUGCUGCUGCUGCCAGGGGCCUUGUGGGCGCGGCUCACAGGCAGUUUGGUGCUGGCAGCCAGGCGGAUGGGCGGCAGGCAGGGUGGCAGGGGAGUGGGAUUGAAGGGAGGGACGUGAGGCAGGGUGGGAGGGGCGUGGAGGAGGGGAAUGGCGGUGCUGGUGGGGAGAGAUCGGCAGUGGUGCUGCGAGAGAGGAGUGGCAAUGUGCCGGAAGGGCCCACCAGGGAGCUCAAGAAGACUGCAAAGGCAGCAGCGCCCGCAGCAGCCCCAGCAGCAGCAGCAGCAGGGAGAGGUGGGCCAAGGCCAGGCCUUGUGCCAGUGGAGCCAGGGGAGCGGCAUCUGCAGUCGCUGCUGCCCGUGCGCGUGCUGGUGAGGGAGAGGACCUUGCAGCAGGGGGGAGAGGCGGCAGGGGCCCAGCAGAGCAGCGGUGAGGGUGGUGUGUGGCACGGGGGCAUGGAGCAGGGAAGGGUAGUGGGGAGGGACAUGCGUGUCCCCGGUCGCACUCUCUCAUCCACCUCUCCGUCCUCUGACUCGCACGCCCCCCCUGCACUCUUGCACUCGCCCCGCCACCCUCACGGCAGCAGCAGCCCGCGGAGGCAGGCAGGGCAGCAGCGGGUGGACCUCGUCGCCCUCGCGGCGGCUGUGGGCCGUGGGGCGGUCCACAGAGAGGCGCGCAGAGGAGCGGUGUGGGGGGCGAGGGCAGAGUGGGGCGUGGGGGAGGGGCACAGCAGAGCAAGUGCAGGAGGACUCGAUGAGCAGCACAGGAGGAGGAGCGGCAUGUGUGCACGGCUGUCUGGGCAUGUGAGACAAUGCGGCUAUCAGAAAGAGAAGUGCACUGUCCUCUCAUCCCCAUCGCUGUUGCUCCUCCUGCCCCGUCACUGCACCCUUCCCAACCCCCUCUCUCUGCCACUGCUUCUCACGCAUAUUCUUCAUCCCUUUGCCUCUCCCUCCUCUACACCCCCUUGCACUCAUUCUGUCUCUCCUGUUGCUCGUCUCCCUCCAGGAGUGUGCACGUAA